UAUCACAAAUUUUUGAAUUCGCAUCUCUCUCUCUCUUCUUUGGUGGAGAAAUUGAGAUCAUUCGCACCGCCGUUGCAGACUUGAUGAGUGAGAGAAAGCUUCAGUAAUCUAAUCGCAUCGCUUUUAUAUACUCUCAAACCCUAGCCAAAGAGGAUCCUUCCUUCCAGAUUUCCGAUCUACCGAUCAAUCUAGGUGAUGGCGAACAACGACUCCUCCUCCUCCGCCGACGCUCUCGUCUCUAAGGAGAACGCAAUGCCGGUUAAUUCCAGGCUUACGGAACUAAAUGAAUCGAGAGAUGAGCUUCUUACUAGAAUUCAAGGGCUGAAGCAUGAUCUGCAAAAUUGGAGAUCUAAAUUAGAUUCUCAAGUCAAGACUCACAGAGAGGAGCUCUCGGAAUUGAAGAAAUCACUGAAUCACGAAGUGGAGGAACUUCGUUUGGAAUUUCAAGGACUAAAGACCACACUCGAGCAGCAGCAUGAGGAUGUUGCCAACAGUUUGAAGAGUUUGGGGUUGGAGGACAGUGCUUAUGUUGCUUCUUCACCCGAAGAUCCUAAGCUUGAAGAAGAAAAAGAAGGUGCUAACGAAGAUGAUGAAGUUAGUAAAGAAACUGAAAACUAGAUAUGGGAGAGUGUUUUUGCUAUAUGUUGUAAUGGCACAAUUAUGUUGGUUAUUAGAGUGACAUUUCCUCGGUCUUUAACUACCAUGUAUGAUGAUCAACUCUUCCUUAGUUUUGUUAUGAACCAAUUGAAUUGGCCUCUACAUUCCAAAUACUUGUUGUUCCCAUUACUUGUGUCUUUGAUCUUUGGUUAUAGGUGAAUGAAUUGGUGUUUGCAUUAGAAU